AUGAAGAGUAUGGCGCGCAGUGUCAUGUGGUGGCCGGGCAUCGACGCGGACGUGGAGCGCACCUGCAGGAGCUGCGGCACGUGCGCGGCGGAGAGCUCGGCGCCGCCGCGCGCGCCGCCGCAGCCCUGGCGGUACUUGACGGACGUCUGGACCAGAUUACAUAUUGAUUUUUUGGGACCCAUACAGGGUAGGACAUUUUUGAUUCUUAUCGAUUCUACUUCUAAGUGGUUAGAGGUUUUCCAAAUGCAGUCGACCACGGCGAAAGCUGUAAUAAAGGUAUUAAGAGAGACUUUCUCGCGUUUCGGUUUACCACGAGAAGUAGUUUCGGAUAACGGACCACCCUUUACAAGUCAAGAGUAUAAAAGUUUCAUGACACAUAAUCGGGUCAAGGUCACUUUUGCGGCCGCGUACCAUCCGGCUUCCAACGGGGCUGCCGAGGGGGCAGUCAAGUUGUGCAAGCGGGCUAUUAAAAAGGCUAUGCGGGAUGGUGGCGAUAUAGAUGCAGCGUUGCAGGCUUACCUUCUAGCGUAUCGGAAUGUAGAACAUAGUACCACAGGGGUAUCACCGGCAGAGCUAUUGCAGCGUAGGAAGCUUCGUUCCAGGCUAGACUUGUUAAAGGAUGGAUCGGUAGAAGACAAAGUCAAGGAACGACAAACAAAGCAAAUAACUUACGCUGGCGGUACAUCUAGGGAAUUUAACGUGGGGGAAAAUGUGUGGUAUAGGAACUAUAGUGGGGGUAGUAGAUGGUUAGAUGGUAGAAUUCAGGAAAAAACAAGUUCACGUAAUUAUAUAGUUGCAGCGGAAAACGGUUCAUCCAUUCAUAGACAUGUGGAUCAAAUUAAAAGUCGCUGGAUGAGCACAUAUGAGGAUCCGUCUCCGUCAUCACCAACCCAAGAGUCGGACGGGUUGAGGAGUGAGCGCAACGACACAUCUAGUGUAACGGUUGAAGAUCAAUGCCCUGCGGAGUCUGGUGGAGCAGCGGUGACAGCUCCCUCGCCACCCCGAUCUAAUACGUCAGAAUCCACCGACCCCCCGGUCAACCUUCCCCGGCCCACACUGAGACCUAGGGAUAAGUUACGUUCUGUAAAAAGAUAUGGGUUUGAGAUUGACUAA